AUGUGGAAUGCAGGUGCAAAGAGCUUCUACAUCCACGGUGGCCUGGAUGGUGUUUCAAGAGAAUUAAUGAUAAUCUGUAGUUUUCUCAAGAAAUCGGUGUCUGGAAGGUCUCUACGAGUGCUGAUAGCACAGGGUCUGAUGAGAGAGUCAACGAAGGAAAAUUCAAAACUCCUUGCAUCUAUCCAGUACAUCAUGUUAGCUGUCAAUGACACCAAAUCCACUACUGCAGUGUUCCUUCUCACUGGGAUAGUGGGCCAUGAAGAUGUCUACCUCUGGAUCUCCAUUCCCUUGUGCCUUGUUUAUGCCAUUGUGAUAAUAGGAAAUACAGGUAUUCUGUUCAUCAUAAAAACAGAUCCAAGCCUCCAUGAGCCCAUGUACAUUUUCCUUUCUAUGUUGGCUAUCACAGACCUUGGCUUAUCAAUAACCACCAUGCCGACAACACUGGGCAUAUUUCUGUUUAACUCUAGAGAGAUCAGCCUUGAUGCCUGCUUUGCCCAGGUGUUCUUCAUCCACUCGUUUUCAUACACUGAAUCCUCUGUGCUCGUGUCUAUGGCCUUUGACCGCUUCAUUGCAAUCCGUGACCCACUGAGAUAUGCGUCCAUCUUAACCCCACUGCGAAUAGCCAAGAUGGGACUGGUGUGUGUGAUAAGAGGGGUGGCUUUACAAUUCCCAUUCCCCUUUCUCCUGAAACGCUUCCAAUACUGGCGAGUCAAUGUCGUCUCCCAUUCCUACUGUAUGCACAAUGAUGUCAUGAAGCUGGCUUCUGCGGACAUCACAGUCAACAAUAUCUAUGGCUUUUUCAUAAUACUCUCCACGGUGGGGUUGGACUCUUUGCUCAUCCUCCUCUCAUAUGUGAUGAUUCUCAAAACAGUGCUGAGCAUUGCAUCCCGCAUGGAGAGCCUCAGGGCCCUGAACACCUGUGUGUCCCACCUCUGUGCCGUCCUGCUCUUCUAUAUACCAAUGGUCAGUCUGGCUGUGAUACACAGAUUUGGAAAUAGCUCAUCUCAUUUGCUUCAGAUUUUCUUUGGAUACAUUUACGUGCUGGUGCCACCCCUGAUGAACCCGAUUGUGUACAGCAUGAAAAGCAAGCAGCUACGUGUGAGGAUCAUCAGGAUGUUCAGAGGAUCAAGGCAAGAUAUGACAGACAUAAUAAAACCAUAA